UCGCCAACGUCUGCAACGACCUCCCAUGUCGCCUCAUGGACUACGCCCAGUACUCACUUGGCCGAGAAGCAAGACGCCUCAAAUCCGGGUUUCUGAUGCUGGGCCCUGGCACAUCUGUGCGUGGCUUGGUCAUCUUCGAGAGUAGAAGCUCGAGAUGGGUAAGGAUUCGAGACGCACGAAUCCACAGCGCGAUGGUCUAAGUCCCGCGACCCAUGCACACCCCAUCUGCAUAAUCUCGAAGAUCCUGAAGGUACCUGUUCAGGUAGUUUGGCCAAACACAGGGAGAAUCAUGGUUGUUCCCGAUGCUCCAGGCGCCAACAUGAUGUGGUCGCGAGGUACAGGUAGACGAAUGUAUGAGGACGGUCAUGAGCACAGGAAUCGCGAGGAGAGGUCGACGGAAAUGAUGCAAGGGCACUGUGAUGAUUGAUAUAAGAGGCAGCAGAGUGGUGAUGGUAAGCAGCAGGAGAGCCAAGGUCU